AUGGCCGCUCCCAGUAUGCAGUCAACGUCUGUAUUGACGGAACAUUUGGAGUAUCCGCCUGUGUCAUUGGUAGAUGAUAUUAUUAAUGCUGUUAACGAAAUAAUGUACCGUUGUACAGCAGCGAUGGAGAAAUAUUUGAUGAAAAAAAAAAUUAUUAAUGGGAGGGAUUACACGGAGGAGAUUAAGAUUGGGAUGGCCAAAUUGGAGACUUUGUUGGAACAUGCGGUUGAUAGGAAUUUUGACAAAUUGGAAUUAUAUGCGCUGAGGAAUGUUUUACGAAUACCUCAAGAAUUAUUGGAUGCUCAUGUGUUUAGGUUACCGCACCAACGGGACCUGAUUGUCACGACUGAAAAGAAUGAACAAAAAAGUGAGUUUGAAUUACACGAUUUAAUGCUAAAGAUUGAAGAUGAGUUUAAGAGGAAUAGGGAAUUGAAAUUACAAAUUACAAAAACUAAACGGUUGCAAAAUCAAGUUAGGUCAUUCAAGAUCCUUGUUCUUCAACUGUUAAAAUGUGAAGAUUCCCAAAAGAGUCAAGAAAUAUUCAAAUCAUUGGAACCUUUGGAUGAUACUAUGAAAUUUUUAACGUCCCAAUUACGCCAAUUGUAUAUUGCCAGUGAAGAGAAUUGUUCUAGAGAGAAAGUUAAUGAAACAUUACGUCUUGCUGUUGCUAACGGAUUGACGAAUACGCGACCUAAUUCACGUUCGGAUUAUAUUGAAAAUGGAACCCAAGUUAUACUUGAAAGAUUAAAUCUACGAGACCAUCAGGAUGAUAGUAAGUCAAGUCAAGAUUCCAGUGCUAAUGCAAUCCCAAAUGAGCUAAUUAUUGAGGAUCCUCAAUUGUCCUUGCUUUCAUGA